AUGGGCGAGCUACCGUAUAAGAUUUGUGAGGAAGAUGAUGCAGUAAAUCCAUCUGUAGACGACAACGAGACUGAUCCUCCCCCGCUGGUGCCUACUGUAUCCACUCAUCCAUUCCCCCCCUUUCCUCCUCCUGUGGACGCACCAACAACUAGGAUCACCCCGUUACAGACUCCUUUUCGACAACCUGACGACGGGAAUGACGAUCCAAAUGCACUUACAAUAGGACUAGCUGUCGGGAGUGGACUUGUCGUUAUAGUGGUGGUCGUCAUGGUGAUGUUGUACUAUCGUCGACAAAAGCACAGCAAUGAUAAAGGAAACAAGAACGAUGACAACAAAAAGGUGACAAAUGUCAUAUCCGGUGACCAUGUCUACACUGAUAUAACUUCUGGGGGUGACGUUAGUAACCGAACGGUAAGGAGGGCGGAGUUACCAGGAGAUUAUGUUACUAUUGAGGACGAUGUGGACAGAUACGACCAUUGUAGACACCCAACACCGGACACAGACAAACAAACAGGGACAACUGACACAUACGACUCACUUGGUUCUGGGACGAGGAACGUCAGUGUUAUAGUUGAUGAACCUUACGACACAACACGAGAUAUUACGUAUGACCGGUUACAUGAUAAACAAAACAAAUCGUCUAUCCCAGGGAAUUAUGACGUACUUCCCGUUUAGACGAAUUAAAGUGCUGGUAUAACUCUUUCAACAAAUGCCUUAGUUGAUUUACAUUUUAUCAGUGGUUAAUGAGAAGUCAAAGUAUAUAUGAAACAAAACCAAGGGGAUCCAAUAUCAUUUUACUGCCAUGAUUUAUUGAGACAGAUUGAUAUGUUUUGAGGAAUGAUAUUUCUUUGAAAACUUAUGGUUCUUAGAGGCAAUAAUUGAACAUGUUAAUAACCACUGGUGUGUGUUAACCAACCUUUGAAUAGUGUGAUGAAAUGAAAAGUUAAGCAGCAUUCAACUCUCAUGUUCAUGAUAUAAGGAUAGCAAAUGGAAAUAUCGAGUAUGGUGCUAUAUUUCACUUUUCUACCAUGUCCUGUUGCUUUGCUUGUGAUAUACAGUAGUAGUUCAUACUUGUCAAUACUAUAUACUUGAGUUUUCCAUUUAUCGCGUGGAGUAGGAAAACUGAUUUAGGAUUAAAAUAAUUCAACAAUUUAAUCUUUAAUGUUAUAAUAUUAUUGGAACAUUUUUUUCUAUAACUAGUUUUAACUUUUGUAGCUAUAUCUUAAUACAACAAACUUAGAACUGCUAUUUGACAUAAAUCUAACUUAUAUUUUAUACUAGUCCGAAUUAUUCUGACGUUUUAUCGACAUUUUUCAUAUUGAUAAAACGUCAGAAUAGUUCGGACUAAUUUUAUACCAACAGGACUAUUAUGGGGUAAGGAGUCGAUCCUUUUGACCAGAUUUUAUUUUAAGGUUGUUUAUUUGUUUAGUUCUGAUUUAUUUAAAUUGUAAAUAAUUUUGAAUUUUAAUGUGAUUUAUUUUGACAAACCUAUUUGUAUCUAGUAUCAUAAAAGUGCUGACGCUGUUUGCCUAAUAAAGAAUAAAAAGCCUAAAUAAAAAAGU